AUCCCGUGGCACGCGGGCUGCUUCUUCCUUUUUUUUUUUUUUUUUUUGUUAUUAUUCUCUCUUCUUGUGGUCUUCCUGCUUCGUUCGGUGAUGUUCAGUUGGGUGAAGCAGGAGCAGGGCGGCCGCAACAAGGAGGGCGAGAUGUACCAAACCGUCACCGAGGGUCUGCAGAGCCUCUACAGCAAGAAACUACUGCCACUGGAGGAGACUUACCUCUUCCAUGACUUCCACUCGCCUGCCUUAGAGCCGGCCGACUUCCAAAGCAAGCCCAUGGUUCUGCUCGUUGGACAGUACUCCACCGGGAAGACCACCUUCAUCAGGUAUCUUCUGGAACAGGACUUCCCGGGCAUGCGGAUUGGACCUGAGCCCACGACUGACGGUUUCAUUGCCGUGAUGUAUGGUGACAGCGAAGGGGUCGUUCCUGGUAAUGCCCUGGUGGUGGAUCCCAAGAAGCCCUUCCGGAAGCUCAAUGCCUUCGGAAAUUCAUUCCUCAACAGGUUUAUCUGCUCGCAGAUGCCCAAUCAGGUUCUUCAGAGCAUCAGCAUCAUCGACACGCCCGGAAUUCUCUCCGGAGAGAAGCAGCGCAUCAGCAGAGGUUACGACUUUGCUGAGGUUCUGCGUUGGUUUGGCGAGCGCGUGGACAGAAUCAUCCUGUUGUUUGACGCACACAAGUUGGACAUCUCUGACGAGUUCUCCGAGGCUAUUCGAGCCCUCAAAGGACAAGACGAUAAGAUUAGGGUGGUCCUCAACAAGGCAGAUCAGGUGGACACACAGCAGCUAAUGCGCGUGUAUGGGGCCCUCAUGUGGUCGCUGGGCAAAGUGAUCAACACGCCCGAAGUGGUGCGAGUUUAUCUGGGUUCCUUUUGGGCCAAACCUCUGCAGAACACAGAGAACAGGCGUCUCUUUGAGGCUGAGUCUCAGGAUCUCUUCCGGGACAUCCAAAGUCUUCCCAGGAACGCAGCGCUUCGGAAACUCAAUGACCUCAUCAAGCGGGCCAGGCUGGCUAAGGUGCAUGCGUACAUCAUCAGCUACCUGAAGAAGGAGAUGCCGUCACUGUUUGGUCGGGAGAAGAAGAAGGAGGAGCUUAUCAUGAGGCUGCCGGAGAUUUACGCUAUCCUGCAAAGAGAGCACCAUAUCAGUCCAGGAGAUUUCCCCAAUGUCACCAAAAUGCAGGACAUGCUCCAGCAUUACGACUUCAGCAAGUUCCCGUCUCUGAAGAUGAAACUAAUUGAGUCCGUGGACAAAAUGCUGGCAUCCAAGAUCGCCGGUCUGAUGGCGAUGAUCCGCGAGGAGGAGUCCAAGGCGCCACCGGCCAUGGUGUCAGGUGGUGCCUUCGAGGGCUCCCAGGACGGGCCAUUUGGCCGCGGUUACGGUGAGGGCAUCAGCGCCGGUGCCGACGCAGAUGACUGGAUCGUGAGCCGGGACAAGCAUCGCUAUGAUGAGAUCUUCUACACGCUCAUGCCAGUCAAUGGCAAGAUCAGCGGCGUCAAUGCUAAGAAGGAGAUGAUGAACUCACGGCUUCCCAAUACCGUGCUAGGAAAGAUCUGGAAGCUGGCUGACUGUGACCAGGACGGCAGCCUAGACGACGAGGAGUUCGCGCUGGCUCAACAUCUUAUCAAAGUUAAGCUGGAAGGUUAUGAGCUACCUACCGAGCUGCCACCACACCUGGUACCCCCUGCCCACCGCAAGCACUGCGAAGCCGAGGCACUCUACAACCAUGCCGAAGACUAAAAAAAAAAAUUUAAUCUAGCUCGCCUCCUUUAAUUGGCUAUGGAAGCAUAUUGCUGCCCCCCCCACACCUAAAAAAGACCAGUAUGACAUUUUUACAUUAUAUUUAGCACUUUGUUACAUACCAUAUUUUUCAGAAUUUAAGGCACACUUGAAAUCCUUUAUUUUUCAAAAAAUUGAUUGUGCGCCUUAUAAUCCAGUGUGCUUUAGUAUGGAUUCUGAUUGUGCCUAAUAACCUCUUAAAUCUAUUAUAACUAUAUUGCACUAUUUUAGUAAAGCGCUCAAUACACCCAUUCAUCAUGGUAAAAUGGACUUAGUGCUUUUCUCGAAGCGCUUUCACGCCAAAGCUUUAUUUACCUACUGAUAACGCAAAAUGAGGGUCAACGUGGGGUUCAGUAUCUUGCUCAAGGAUGCUUGGACAAGGUCAUCAGGGCAGGGAUUGGAAUCCACAACCUCUGAGUUGGGGAUCGACUACACUACAACUGAACCAGGCCGCCCCAUUAAUUUAUCAAGCCCAUAAACCAAUAAUUACAAUGUUAAAAGAUAGCAAAUGUAGUACAUCAGUGCACUUAAUGCACCUUAUCAGGUGCGCUUUCUGUAUGAAAAUAAAUGAUAAAUUGAUGGUACGCCUUAUAGUCUGAAAAAUACAGUAUUAUUAUUAUAUAAAAACGUGAUCAUUUUGUAAAGCAGAAGCAUAGCUAAUAGCUAACGCUUUUGAAAUAAUUCUUUAGGUUCUAUUUAGGGCUGUCCCAAACAAUUAUUUUUCUCCUGAUUUAUCGACGAUCGUUAAUAUUGAUCUAAUGAUUUUUUUAAUUUAUUUUUUUUACCUGCCAUUAUUUUGGAGGGUUCACUAUUAUUAAUUCACAAGAACUUUUAUAAACACUUAUUUUAAUUAUUUGCUUAUUAAUAAGUAGCAGAUAACGGCAACUUCAACGACAGUAAAGUUGCGUUUUUAGAUGCCCGAUAUCUAACAUCUAUGAAGCGGACCACAUUGUACUGUCAGCACAUGAUAUGACAGUUGCACAUCAAAUUUCAUUUUUAAUUUUAAUAAUCAAUUUAAUUAAAAUUUGUUUAAACGUUUUUCUAAUAGAUGGACUUAUGAUCCUCCAGCAUUUUGCUUUCUGUCGUUUUCCAGCAGUACACUUGGUUGACGAUGCUUCAGGCAUUUGUUCAUUGCUGAUGUCCUACUAUGCAGGGAUGGAGCAUGGUGGACCUGGCAGAGUCUUAGAGGCCUGGGUGGGCGAGGAGAGGAACUAGAUAGCAUACCUGAUGUUGCGCUGGGUUUCAUUCGUGGGUGUAAGCAGGCGGUCAUAUCGCAACUGGUAUCAAACUCUCCGCUAGCACCACCCCAAUACAGUUUUAAAAAAAUGUAUCUAGAUAGACAUAUAGUAUAUAUAUAUAUAUGAUAUGUACUUUAAUGCUUAGUUUUUCACAUGGCAAUAUUUCAGUUAUUGAGCACACUACCUAUAUCCUACUACCUAAAAAGGAUGUGACCAUAAAAUCAAAUAGGACUUGUGUCCAAAUAUUCUUGAUUGAUUUCACAUUAAUACAUGAUAGUUAUCAGGUUUUAUAAGAUAAAACAUUUUUACGCAUCAUGUUUUACAUGUUAUCACCUUUUAUGUGAUACUUGUAUGCAAAAACUUCAUUUUAAAACAUGAUUUCAACUUUUUUGGGUGUGUGUGGCAAUAAUAUGCUUCCAUAAUUUGCAACUCUUUCCAUGGAGAAAGUUUUGGAAUUAACCUGUUCUUUGGGAUUCACAGAAAAACAUGCUUAUUCGCCGUUUUUUCUGCGCUUGGACCAAAGCCAUCUCUCUCCAAAUAUUCUUCUUGCUCUUUUUUCAUGUUGCUCAUAUUCUUCAUUUUGUUUUUUUGUUGUUCUGGUUCUUGCUCUUCAUUUUUUUUUUUUAUCCAGAUGUUCAUUUCAUCUUGGUCCCCCCCCCCCCCCCCCCCCCCAUGUUUUUCUGUUUUUUGCUCUCAAUCUUCGUUUUCUAUGUUCGUUUUUUUCUUCUUUUCCUGUCUUGUUGCUCUUCAUGUUUAUGUACUCAUGUAAGUUUCUUGUUAUUGUUCUUCGUCCUUAUUUUCCCUUCUUGUUCUCUAAAUUCCUCCAAAUUUUCUUCUCAUGGAAAAACCACCAAAAUGUCUUUAUAGGACAGGAAGUGCAUUCAGUACAUUCGUGCCUUCUGCCUAUGCCUGUCUUUUCACAAUAAAAGCUUUGACAAAGAGAUUAAAUAGCGUUAAAUAAAAAAAUCAUAUUUGUA